CUAUGUGUUUUUAGGUAAUCAAUGAGUGGGCUCACCACAGUCCCAGAUAACAUCAACUUUCCUGCCGAGGAACAGAAAACUUUGAAGUGCUGGAAUGAGAAUAAGGUUUUUGAAAAAUCCCUCAAAUUAUCAGCCGACAGACCACGAUAUACCUUUUUCGAUGGUCCUCCUUUCGCUACCGGCCUUCCACAUUACGGGCAUAUUCUUGCUGGAACCAUUAAGGAUGUGGUAACAAGAUGGGCACAUCAAAAUGGUUUCUAUGUCGAGCGCAGAUUUGGAUGGGACACGCAUGGACUUCCCGUUGAGUAUGAAGUCGACAAAACUUUGGGUGUCAAGGGACCUAAUGACAUACUAGAAAUGGGAAUUGGAAAGUAUAACGCAGAAUGUCGAAGUAUCGUCAUGCGGUAUUCUCAUGAAUGGGAGACAACUGUUGCUCGCAUGGGUCGUUGGAUUGACUUCAAGAAUGAUUACAAAACUCUUUAUCCUUGGUUUAUGGAAAGCGUAUGGUGGGCUUUCAGCGAAUUGUUCAAAAAAGGACUAGUCUACAGGGGCGUAAAAGUGAUGCCAUACUCUACAUCUUGCACUACACCUCUCUCGAACUUUGAGGCCGGACAAAAUUACAAAGAUGUUGUGGAUCCCGCUGUCUGUAUUGGGUUCCGACUUGAUGAAAACCCGAAGCGUCUAAUGGUGGCAUGGACGACAACUCCUUGGACUCUUCCCAGUAACCUCGCAUUGUGCGUACAUCCUGACUUGGACUAUCUUAUAGUAAAAGAUCCUGCAACUGAUGCUGAGUAUGUGGUUAUGGAAGAACGCUUGUGUGAGCUGAAGAAUGACAACCUUGUGGUUUUGGAGAAGGUCAAGGGACGCACAUUUGAAGGAAAAAGCUAUGAGCCGCUAUUUCCUUACUUCACAUACAUGAAAAAGGAGAGGAAUGCGUUCCGCGUGCUUUGCAAUACAUUUGUCACCACAGAUCAAGGAACUGGUAUUGUACAUCAAGCUCCAUAUUUUGGAGAGAUUGACUACCAAGUUUGCCUCGAAAAUGGAAUCAUCACCAAGGACAUGAAAAUUGUAUGCCCCGUGGAUGAAACUGGGAGAUUCACCGCGGAAGUCACCGAUUUUGCUGGUGUCUAUGUGAAAGAUGCUGACAAACAAAUUUGCAAAAAUCUAAAAGAGCGUGGUCUACUUAUAAAACAGAGCGAGGUGAAACACUCUUAUCCUUUCUGUUGGCGAUCAGAUACACCCCUUCUUUACAAAGCUGUUCCCUCUUGGUUCAUUCGCGUUGAGCAAAUAAUCCCUAAGCUGCUCGCUAAUAAUGAACAAACUUAUUGGGUGCCAUCGUUCGUGAAAGAAAAGCGAUUUGCUAACUGGUUGCGUGAUGCACGAGAUUGGGCUGUAUCUCGAAAUCGGUUCUGGGGUACACCUAUAAACUUGUGGGUUAGCGAUGACUUCGAGGAAAUCGUAUGUCCUGGAAGUAUUGCAGAGCUAGAGCAGUUGACUGGCUCAAAAGUUACAGAUCUUCACCGAGAAAGCGUUGAUCACCUAACCAUACCAUCCAAAACUGGACGCGGAGUUCUUAGACGUGUGACAGAGGUAUUCGAUUGCUGGUUUGAAUCGGGAUCCAUGCCAUAUGCGCAAAAUCACUAUCCAUUUGAAAACAAAAAAAUCUUCGAGGAUAAUUUCCCAGCAGAUUUCAUUGCGGAGGGUAUCGAUCAAACAAGAGGCUGGUUCUACACUUUACUUGUGUUGUCAACAGCUUUAUUCAACAAGCCACCCUUCAAAAAUCUUAUCUGCAAUGGUCUCGUGCUUGCGGCUGAUGGUAAUAAGAUGUCAAAACGCAAGAAGAACUAUCCAGAUCCUAUGGAGGUGGUCGAAAAAUAUGGUGCAGAUGCUCUCCGGCUUUACCUGAUCAAUUCGCCUGUUGUACGUGGAGAAAAUCUUCGGUUUAGAGAGGAAGGGGUUCGCGAUCUUCUGAAGGAUGUUUUCCUGCCAUGGUUCAAUGCCUACAGAUUUUUCGUACAAAAUGUACAGCUAUAUGAGCAUGAGGGCAGAAGUUUCUCCAUGAAGGAGGGAGUGAGCGAGAAUGUGAUGGACAAAUGGAUUGAAUCAUUCACAAACAGUCUUGUACGAUUUGUUCGUCAGGAAAUGUCAGAAUAUCGCCUGUAUGCCGUUGUUACGCCUCUGACACGCUUCUUUGACACUCUUACGAAUUGCUAUAUACGAUUGAACAGGAAGCGGAUAAAGGGAGAUUUUGGAAGUGAUGAACAGAUUCAUGCCCUUUCUGCGCUUGGUAGAGUGUUGACUCUGAUUGUACGACUCAUGGCACCUUUCACUCCGUUCUUCAGCGAAUACAUAUGGCAGAACUUGCGAAAAGUAUCGGGAGCUCAAGAAGAGUCGGUGCAUUACACUCUACUGCCAACUCCUGAUGACAAUCUUAUCGACAAGUCGAUUGAGCGUAGGGUUGAAGCGAUGAGGAGCUGUAUUGAUUUGGUUAGAGUACUUCGCGAAAGAAAAGCUAUCCCAGUCAAGUAUCCUCUGAAAGAAAUGAUCGUUGUAAAUCGUGAAAGCCAGUUCUUGGAGGAUCUCAAGAGUCUUGAGCACUACAUUCUAUCAGAAGUGAACGUUCGUUUGCUGACGGUGUCCCAAGAUAAACAUAGAUAUGGCAUAACUUUGAAGGCCGAUCCUAACUUCCGACUGCUUGGUGCGCGCCUCAAAGGAGAUCAAAAGAAAGUUGUAGAUUAUCUGAAAACGGAAGUUACUGAAGCAGAACUGGAACAAUUCCUUGCCGAAGGAAAAUUAACAGUGCUUGGCCAUGAGCUUACAUCUGAAGAAGUUUACGUAAGUUACACAAGUGGACAGAGCGGCGCCAGUCAUGAAGGAUUUGAAACUCACUCGGACGGAAAAACCAUUGUUAUGCUUGACACUUCCGAAGACGAAUCGCUCGUGGAGGAAGGCCUUGCCAGAGAAAUCACCAAUCGAGUGCAGAAGCUAAGAAAAGCAGCAAAGCUGGUUUCCACAGAUCCCGCUAUAGUCCACUGCGUGGUGAAGCCGGACACGAGUCAGUUGGCUGCUGUCAUCCUUUCUCACAAGAGCAAAAUUGAGGAAGCAACGGGAACGCCACUCAAACUAGAACCGCUACCUUCUGGAAAGAAAGCUACAUCCUCUAACGUGAGCACAAUCAAGGAUGCUGAGGUUUCGUUGUGGUUGCUGGCUGAUUCAGUGGAAAACUUGCUCACUGUAACCAUGAACGGCAAGAGCAUUCGUUUGCGCUUGAGAUCAAGUAAGGAUGAAACACUCACAUACAGCGAUUUGCUUUAUGAAAUCCGCUCUGUUCUGGAUUUGUGGAAAGGCAAAAUCUGGCUGAUGCUGCCUGAUGGGACACGCUUCCAUCCAAAUACACCAUUAGAAGAAUUAUGUGGGCAAACUGUUACACUUGUUGUGUAGAUCUAUACUAUCAGUUCUUAUGAGCUUCUGUUUGAUCUGUUCUCUCCAUUUUGCAAUGCUCAGCGUCUGCGACCUUAUCUUGUUACUAGGUAUCUUAUUGGUUGGGUUCACAAUCGUCAUUAUCGGAGCACACUGUUUUUAUUCAUUGUUGUUGCUGCUAGGGGUUCCUUUCCUCUAGUCAUUCGAGUUUUCGAAGGUGGUUUUGUUAUGUUAUGGUUAUCAUAAUUUAUGGUCCUUUAUUUGUUUUUCUUUCAUCAAUCAAGCAGCUUCAAUAAUCAAGCUCUUGCUGUCUCUUUUUAAUAAAUCUUGCAUGGAAAGUAGUAACAAUCAUAUGAUAUCUUAUCUUUCCUAUUCCCUUGUGAAGCAUUCUAGCUCUUGAUCACAAGUUAAGAAUGAUGUGUUGUUUCAAGUUCAGAGCGCCC